AUGCUUCGCAAAUCUUCACUGCUAAUCGUUGGGGUUUUUGUUCUUGAUGGAGUUUCAGCCGCUUUGCCUGCUUGCACGACAUGUCCGACUGGAGGAAUCUGGUCAAACUGGGUCGACUACACGUCUUGCUCGAAAACUUGUGGCCUUGGUGGGCGCAAAGUGCAGAAGCGAAAUUGUAAUUCGUGGAAUUUCGGUUGCCCAUGCACCGGUGUCUAUUCGCGUUUAAUCCCCUGUGCACCGACUCCGUGCGCCACCGGAACUCCCUGCGUUGCUCCGUACAAAAAGUACUUGAGCACAACAACCAAAAAAUAUCUAUGCGGCAAUGUGACGGCCCGAGCUGAUGACUAUAAAGCGCCAACGUGCACGAUUACAAAACAACUGCUGUAUUGCUCUUGUCCACCUGGCGGCUUAUGGACAGCGUGGACUGCUGUGGCUGGCGCAAAAUGCUCGGCCACAUGCGGCCUCUGUGGGACGAUUGCUCAAAAAAGAACCUGUCGAUCAACGGCCAAUGGAUGUCCUUGCACUGGUCCAUCUACUCGAAAUUUCGCUUGUCAAUCGACCCCUUGUCCAAAUUCGAAAUGUUGCAGUGGUUAUCCUUUGGUGACAAAUCUUGGAACGAAAAAGCCCCAAUGUGGACUUCAGUUGGCUCCGGAUCCGGUGCUUCCUCUGGCAAAAUGCUUCUGCAACAAGUGCAACGCCACAAAUCCACCAAUCACUAUCGACACUACGUCAGAGGGAACAACGGCUUUUGCUUCGGUUACAAUGGGCGUGAAUGCGCGGAAAUGCGUGACAAAAACCUUUAAAUGCACGUCAACUGUCGAAGGCUUUGAGUCAGUGAUAUCGAUGGAUCAUGAUGCAAAUGGAGCUAUUUCGGGUACACCGACAUCAACGGCAACUUUGACGUGCAAUGGUGCAGUUAUUGUGCGAAUCUUUAUGGUCUCUUCAACGAUGGCACUCGAUUUUAUGUUAAUCUAUAAAAUGAUGAACGCAAAGCGAAACAUCAGUUUGAGCAGCGAGUUGUACUUAUUAGCUCAGAUCAUUGCCAACAAUGUGCCUUAUACAUUUGCCUAUUUGAUUUGCCCAAUCUUUUAUGCUAGUUUCCUAUCGUGGAAGCCGAUUGUUUCCGAUAUUGCGUAUUACGUCGGAAAUGUGCUCAUGUUUUCGUUUGGCCAACUUUUUCAAGGUUUGGUCACUGUGUUGAUGUUACAAAACGCAAGCGAAAACAAAAUCACCACAUCGCGGCUGUUUAAAUCGAGAAACGAGACGGGUGCACGGCGUGCAAAAAGUGGCCACAAUUCGGCG